AUGUUGGCGAUUCUGGAAUAUUUCAAUUGUUUACCAACAAUAAUCGUAUUUUAUGCUCUUUGGUGUUCCAACAUAUUGAAAUUUCUUUGGGAGCUUCUUGUUGUUUGGCCGUGGGGUUUAAAAUCUGCGCGCAAGCAAGCUAUCGCUCGCGCAAAGCAACGACGCGAGCAAGGAUUUCUCUAUUGGAAAGAAUUGGUCGAUAAAGCGACUCAAACUCAACGGGAUGAAUGGGUUCGAAUUUCAAGUCUCGGUCUUGAUCAACUACGUGAAUUAUUGCAAAAAGAGGAAAUAACAGCAAAGGAUGCUUUACUUGCCUACAUCCAAAGAGCUCUUCAAGUGCAAGAAAAGUUUAAUCCAAUCACUGAGAUUAUUACGGAAGCCAUGGAAUAUGCAGAAGAAGUUGACCAAGAAUGGAUUGGAAAGAAGGAUAAGCCUUAUCUGUAUGGGGUACCUUUCUCCGUGAAAAGCAACUUUCAUCUUGUUGGAUACGAUUGUCAUAUUGGUCUUGGCAAAAUGCUCGAGCAACCGAAACAGCGAGAGAACACAAUGGUGACCCAUUUACGAUAUUUGGGAGCCGUUCCAUUUUGCCUCACGAAUGUUCCACAGGGUUUGCUUUCAUUUGUGUGUUCAAAUUCUGUUUACGGAACUACUGGAAAUCCACACGACAACUCGAGAACCCCGGGUGGUUCAUCUGGUGGUGAAGCCUGCUUGGUGACAGCCCAUGGAACGCCUUUUGGAACUGGAUCAGAUGUCGGGGGAAGUCUUCGAAUCCCGGCUGCGCUCUCCGGUUGUGUUGCUCUUAAAUGUGGUCAAGAAAGAAUGGUUGUUUUACAUUCGCAUGGUGGAGUUCCUGGUCGUGGCAGGCUCGGUCUGGGCUUUGGCUAUUUUACAAGAAGUGUGACCGAGCAGAUUGAACUUCUGAAGGAAACGUUGGGUCAUUCAAAUUUUUCGUUGAUUUCACCCACGACCCCGGCGGUUCCCUUUAAUUUGCAAACCGUAACAUCCAAGAAGCCGCUACGAAUUGGUUAUUUUGAAGAUGAUGGAUAUGUUGCACCAGUUCCAGCUAUGCAACGAGCAGUAAAAGAUACCGUUAAGUUGCUGCGUGCUCAAGGUCAUGAAAUGAUUAAAUUCUCUGUUCCGGAUCCUCAGAAAAUGGCAAUGCUAGUUUUCAAAAACCUUUUACCUGAUGGUGGCCAGUACACAAAAGAACUUUACGAAGCUGAUGUGGUCGAUGAUCAUAUGAAGGAAUUCGUUCGCCUACUUUCGUUGCCAUCAAUCGGACGGACUCUGCUGAAGCUAAUCUUUUCCUUUAUUUCACCACAGGUUUCACUUGUUUGUGCAUCCGAACUAAAGACUCUAACGGAAUUACGACAAGCACAGGAAGACACGGAUGAUUAUAAACAAGAGUUCAUCGAGUACUGGCGUGAGUUGGGCAUCGAUGCUCUAGUCUGUCCAGCUUUUCCGAUACCCGCUGUGAAGCACCAUUGGCCCUCGAAUCUUGGGUUUUGUGCCGUUUCGACAACACUAUUCAACUUACUGGAUUUCCCUGCAGGAGUCGUUCCCGUUGGUAAAGUCACAGAAGAAGACGAUCGGGAUUUGAAAGAUGAAACAAAGUUCCCAGUUGGAUGGAACCUUGCCUUGAGUUACAUGCGACGCGCGGCAGCACAUUGUGAGGGAUUACCAACUUCUGUACAAGUUGUGACUCUACCGUAUCAAGAAGAGAUUUGUCUUCGAGUGAUGAAAGAAAUAGAGAGUGUAGCUGGCUACAAAGAA